AUGAAGACUGAGUUUAUCCAUCCAGACCUUUACCAGAGCUCUGAGGCUUCAGCCGUUUUUCAGCAUGUUCAGACUCUUUGCAGACUCCACACUCAAGCUAGUCAAGGGGAAACCUCCACGUCUCUUACACCUCUACUACAGCAGAACUGUGUGGAACUCCUUCGCAAGUCUGGUCGCCCAGCUAGCUUCCAGGAACUUCUCGCAUCUACCCAAUCAUUGCUUAUCCUACAAUGCCUUCUCAUCUUCGAUGCAAAAGUUGCCGUUGAUGGCCCCUAUUCAGAAACAAUCAGCAGUAUGCUGUCUAAUGUUGGGCGGCGUCUCUGGCAGCAAGCUCCUAUCCAACUCUCCCAUACGCUGAGUCCACGGGAGGCAUGGCUCUUUGCAGAAAGCGUGCGGCGGACAAUUAUUGUCGCGUUCAUGUUGCGCAGCGUAUAUUCUCUAUUGAAGAGGAACUACUCUGUCCGCACUCCGUUUGUCGACUCGUUGCCUUUCGAUGUUCGCACAUCCUUAUGGGAUGCAGAUCAUGAGGCCUGGGAUGACGCAACUCCUGCAUCUUUAGAAAACAUGAUUUCCUUGCAACAGUAUUCGACUUUGCUAGAGUCGGGUGCAGUCCAUGGCAUCUCACCUUUCAGUGCUCUGAUACUGGCUGCCUGUAAAGGAAAAGCUGUGUCCGACGUACCUUAUCCGCCUAUUACAGGCUACGAGGCCUACUGA